AUGACCCUAGCUUGCUGUGGCGUCCACAGUUUCCUGCUCCGCCUUUCCAACCAUCCCAGGUGGGGCUACUAUCAAGGCCCCCGCUGUCGGGCUCUCCUCUUCUGGCUUUUGCUCCUGUGUUUGCCCUGCUGUAUCCAGCCAACUACCUUCAAGGUGGGCGUGAUGGGCCCCUGGAACUGUGACUCCAUCUAUGCCAGAGCCUACCCUGACGCAGCCGCCAAGUUGGCCAUUGGCCGCAUCAACAGCGACUCGACUGUAAACCAGGGUUAUUGGUUCGAUUACAUCCUCCUCAGUGAAGAGUGCCAGGCGGCGAAGGCCCUGGUGGGGUUUGUCAACUCGGAGCGUUACGCCUCUGGCUUUGUAGGCCCGGUCAACCCAGCGACCUGUGAGGCGGCUGGGCUGCUUGGCAGAGCCUGGAACAAGCCCGUCUUCUCCUGGGCUUGCUUGACUGAUGAUGCUGAGGUGGAACGUUUUGGUACCUUUGCUCGGCCGUUGCCACAGGCCUCCGCCGUGCUCUACACUGUGUUCAAGUACUUCCGGUGGGCUCACGUGGCUGUAGUAACCUCUGAGCAGGACUUCUGGGUGGAAGUUGGCCAAGCCCUGGCCGAUUCACUGCGUAACUUUGGCCUCCCUGUCAGUGUAGUGGCCACCAUGGAGAAUGAGCCCGAUGGAGCACGGGAUGCCCUGCGCAGGAUCCAGAAGACCCAUGAUGUACGAGUGGUCAUCAUGUGUAUGCACUCUGUCCUGUUGGGUGGGGAGGAGCAGCGCCUCCUGUUGGAGCAGGCCGAGGACCUGGACAUGACAGACGGGAGCUACGUUUUCAUCCCCUACGACGCCCUGACUUACAGCAUGCCCUACCAGAAGGAGUCCUACACUGUCCUGGAUGACAGUAUCAAACUGCGCUUGGCAUACGACGCGGUGCUCACGGUCACCGUCGACUCACCGGAACAAUCCUUCCGGCAGGCCUUCCGGGAGGCUCAGGAGAAAAGGGAGAUUCCUGGCCACCUUGAUGCCGACCAGGCACACCCUCUCUUUGGUACCAUUUUUAACUCCAUCUACUUCAUGGCCAAGGCAGUGGAGAGCACGCGUAUGUCCGGCAAGUGGGUCAUGGGUACCAGCAUUGCCGAACACGCCAAGGACUUUGAGCUGGAGGGUUUCAGCCAGACAGUGUCAGCUGAUGAAUAUGGAGACGCCGUGGUGCCCUACGUCAUCCUGGACACGGACGGCAAGGGCAACCGUCUUUGGCCCACCUACAGCGUGGACGUGGCUGCUGGAACCCUCCGCUACGUCGGCCACACCGUUCAUUGGCCUCACAGUUCCAGUCCAGACACGGACUCCAACUGCUGGUUUGACUCCGUCAGCAUCUGCACUGGAGGAGUGAAUGCCGGUUUCAUCCUCUUCCUAUUUCUAGCGGUUAUUGGCUUGGUCAUGGGUGGAGUGGCCCUUGCUUUCCAUCUCAGGCGCAAGUUUCAACACGCCCAACUCAUGAAGGGACCCAACAAGAUUGUUCUCACCAUGGAUGACUUGACCUUCAUUAAUACCCAGAGCAGCAAGAAGAAAAUGGACGACAGCCACCCCAGUCUUGGAGGACGAAGCAUGGUGGACAUGAAAAGCAUCAAGAGUGUGGCCGCGAACGCGGAAAACACCAACGUUGCUGUGGCGGAGGGCGAUGACAAGCAAAAAGCCAGCAGCCACGUCCCCUUGCUUCUCCUUUUGUUUAACACCCAAGGCAUAAUAGCCGCGGUCCAGGGUGACUGGGUAUGGUUGAAGAAAUUCCCAGGAGAAAAGCACAUUGAAAUCAAACCUGCUACCAAAACAGCUUUUUGCAAGCUCCGGGAUCUGCGCCAUGAAAACGUGAACCUUUUCUUGGGCUUCUUCCACGACUGUGGCAUCUUUGCCAUCGUCUCUGAGCACUGCACACGGGGGAGCCUUGAAGAUCUUAUCCGCAAUGAGGAUAUGAAGUUGGACUGGAUGUUCAAGUCAUCGUUGCUGCUGGACCUGAUUAAGGGGAUGAAAUACCUACACCAUCAUGAAUUUCCGCACGGGCGGCUGAAGUCUCGGAACUGCGUGGUGGAUGGCCGCUUUGUCCUGAAGGUCACGGAUCAUGGCUACAAUGAGCUACUAGAGGCCCAGAAGAUCAUCCGAGAACCCAUGAAGCCCGAGGACCGGUUCUGGACGGCACCGGAGCUGUUGCGGGAUUCAUCGCAGGAACGAAAAGGCACCUUCCGGGGAGAUGUUUACAGUAUCUCCAUAAUUAUGCAGGAAGUCAUCUGCCGUGCUGCCCCCUACUGCAUGCUGGAUAUGAGCCCCGAAGAGAUCAUCAAGAAAGUCGAGAAGCCACCGCCGCUUUGCCGGCCCUCCGUUUCGGUAGAUCAAGCUCCGAUGGAGUGCAUCCAGCUGAUGAAACAGUGCUGGAGCGAACAGCCUGAAAGAAGGCCAAGCAUCAAUCAAAUUUUCGACCAGUUUAAGAGCAUCAACAAAGGUCGGAAGACAAACAUUAUCGACUCCAUGCUGCGCAUGUUGGAGCAGUACUCCAGCAACUUGGAGGACUUGAUCCGGGAGCGAACGGAAGAGCUGGAGGUUGAGAAGCAGAAGACGGACAAGUUGCUAACGCAGAUGCUGCCCCCUUCUGUGGCCGAGGCCCUGAAGACGGGACAACCGGUAGAGCCAGAGUACUUUGAGGAGGUGACCUUGUACUUCAGUGACAUUGUGGGCUUCACCACCAUCUCGGCCAUGAGUGAGCCCAUUGAGGUGGUCGACCUUCUCAACGAUCUUUACAGCCUCUUCGACGCCAUCAUCGGCUCCCACGAUGUCUAUAAGGUGGAGACCAUCGGGGAUGCCUACAUGGUCGCUUCGGGACUGCCCAAACGCAACGGGAACCGGCACGCAGGGGAGAUCGCCAACAUGUCGCUGGACAUCCUCAGCGCCGUUGGCUCCUUCAGGAUGCGUCACAUGCCAGAAGUGCCCGUACGGAUUCGCAUCGGCCUGCACUCAGGGCCUUGCGUGGCUGGCGUGGUGGGACUCACGAUGCCACGAUAUUGUCUCUUUGGGGACACGGUCAACACUGCCUCGCGGAUGGAGUCCACAGGCCUGCCUUAUCGAAUCCACGUCAACAUACGCACAGUUGAGAUCCUGCAUUCGCUCAAAGAGGGCUUCAAGUUGGAUCUCCGGGGCAAAACGGAGCUCAAGGGAAAAGGCGUCGAAGAGACGUUUUGGCUCUCUGGCCGUCAAGGCUUCAACAAGCCCAUCCCUACGCCCCCUGACCUGCAGCCAGGUGCAAGCAACCAUGGGAUCAGCUUGGAGGAGAUUCCUGAAGACCGGAAAAAGAAACUACAGAAAGCACGUCCGGGGAUGUUCUAG